AUGGGCGCUGCUGCUUCUUCCCCUGGGGGUGCCGCAGAGGACCUGGAUCCGGAGCACCCCUUUGUUGCUGCUAUUACUCCCAUUGUGCAUGCAGCAGCAGCAGGAGAGGCCCUGGGGUGUGGGGCCCCCUGCUGGCAGCAGCUGCUGCUGCUGAAUCCUGCGUGGCUGCCGGAGGAAGCAGCAGCAGAAGUGUGGCGCUGCUUGCUGCUGCCGCUGCUGCUCACCAACCACAAAACUGGCAACCUCAAGGCUUUGCUGCUCUUCUUAGCUGCGCAGUUUGAGAGUUUUGCUGCUGCUUUGGGCCGCAUAUAUGCGGCUCAGGCUGCAGCAAGCAGCAGGAGCAGCAGCAGCAGCAGCAGCAGCAGCGAGGGGCAGCUGCUGCUGCACGGCAGGACGCAGGCAGACGGGGCAGCAGCGAAGACAGGAGAAGCCCCAAGAGCAGCAGACACUGCAGCGACGGAGCCUGCUGCUGAGGGUGCUGCUGCACCUGCUGCUGCACCUGCUGCUGCUGCUGCUGCGCCUGCUGCUGCUGCUGUUGCUGACGCGCGGGGCCUGCGCAGCUUGUCGGUUUUGUGUCGGCUAAUUAUUAUGGCGAUUACAGAAAACUUGACAGCCACACAAAUCUUGCUUGCUGCAGAGUACGCCCCUGCUGCUGCUGCUGCUGCUGCUGCUGCUGAGGGGCGCGUGGCUGCAGCAUCCGGGACAGACGCUCCUGCAGAAGCAGCAGCUGCUGCAGCGGCCUCGUCUGCUGCUCCUGCUGCUGCUGAGGAGACGCCGUCCCAUGACGAAGCAGCGGCAAGCAGCAGCAGUAGCAGCAGCAGCAGCAGCAGCAGUGUCAAGGUGGCGGUCGUGUACCGAAAUGAUGUGCUGCUGCUGCAGCAGCACAGCAGCGGCUUGGAAGUGUAUGAAGAAGUGAUGAGCUUCUUGAGGUGUACGUACUCUCGAGAUGCAGCAGCAGCAGCAGCAAGAGGUUUCCUCUUCUCCGUGCUGCAGCAAAACCCGCAGCAAGAGCUGCUGCUCUCCUGCGACGAAGUCGCCUCUCCCAACACCCUCCAAGCCUUGCUGCAGCAGCAGCAGCAGCAGCAGCAGCACGCGCGGGAGAGGACUAGAGCCUAUCCUGCUGCAGCAGCAAAUGAGGCAGCGCCUCCUGAGACUGUGGACUCAAGCAGCAGCAGCAGCAACAACGGCAGCGACCGCGACAGCAACAGCAGCAACGGCAACAGCAGCAGCAACGGCAGCAGCAACAGCAACGUUCUCUACUUGUAUUUAUUGCCUCUGUGGCUUCCCCAGGACGAGGAAGACAACUCCGCGGCUGAAGGCAGCAGCAGCAGCAGCAGCAAGAGCAGCAGCAGCAGCAGCAGCAGCAAGGUGUGGGGCGUAAGCGGCCUGCAGGAACGGCGCAGCUCGUGUCUGCUGCUGCUGCUGAAGUCGCUGCUGCAGUUUCUGGUGUACACGCAGCCGCCCUGCUUCUUCCAGUCUGUUAUGUUUGAAGUGCAGCAGCAAAUUGUUGCUGCGCUGCUGCUGCUGCUGGCAGUCAUUUGCCCCCACCAGCUCACCGCCAAAGCCUGUCCUCUUCCCGCUGCUGCUGCUGCUGCUGCUGCUGGAGAUGCUGGGGAGAACGCUGCGACCGAGGGAUCGGCAGCAGCAGCACCAACCGCAGCAGCAGCAGCAGCAGCAGCUGCUGCUGCUGCUGCUGAUUUAGGUGACAAACAGCAGACACAAGAUUAUGCAGGGGCCUCACUGUCCCAGUCAGGCGCUGCUGCAGCUGAUGCAGCAGCAGCAGAGCUGCCGGCAGCAGCAGCAGCAGAAGCAACACCAGUGCCAUCGGAAGCGUCAACAGCAGCAGCACCAGCAGCACCUGCAGCAGCAGCAGCACCAGCAACGCCGCCAGCAGAAGCACGAACUGGCUGCGGGCAAAAUAGCGCUGCAGCUUCGGGACAGCACAACAGCUGCAGCAGCAACAGCAGCAGCAGCAGCAGCAGCAGCAUAUGCAAGGGUUGUCUGUCUUGGCCUCCUCCUGCUGCUGGCUUAAAGCUUGACAGUUUGCUGCCUCCACUGUCGAGUCGCGCUGCGCACUGCGCCCCCCUCUUCUUCUUUUACCAGCAGCAGCAGCAGCACUACCUGCAGCAGCAGCAGCAGCAGCAGCAUCAGCAGCUGUUUGUGCCCUCGACGAGCUGCCCUGCAGCAGAUCUGCCUUGCUUCAUUUUCAUGGAGGCCCUUAUGGCUUCCUGGGAAGGCGCAGGGCCGCAGGCGGAGCAGCCAAAAGAGGUUGCUGCUUAUUUGCUGCGGACCUGGUGCUGCUGCGUCUCUGGGGAAGCCUUUGGCCUGACUCUCUCUGGGGACUUGUGCCCUGUGGGGCCCCCCGCGAAGCUGGGGCCCCUUUGUCUGUUUUUGCUGCUGGUGUUAUCUUUCCACGUGGUGCCAGCAACGCGGAUUGAAGCAGCAGCAGAGCUGCAGCAGCACGCCCUGCAGCAGCAGCAGCAGCAGCAGCAGCUGCAGGAGGCCGCUUCGGAGCAGCCGCUGGCUGCUGCUGAGAGGCUCGGGCAGCUUACUGUGGCUGCGCAGCAAAGACACAUCCUGCUGCACUACAUGCGCUCCAAGGGACAAACAGCAGCAACAGCAGCAGCAGCAGCAGCAGCAACUGUUGAAGCUGCUGCUGCUGCAAAGCCAGGAGCUGAAAACUGGAAGCCAGCCCACCGCGCCGCGUUAGCAGCAAACCCUUUUCUGCUGGCCCUGAGCUCGCUGUACGACCCCUCUUACUUUCGCGAUUCAGGUGUACAUACACCUCAGUGUGCGUUUCCGCCCUUCAAGGAAGUUUGCUUCCAAGACAUUUUCGAUGGACUUGCUGCUCCUUUCUUGGCGCGGGGCCUCAAUCCCCUGCUGCUCUAUUUGCUGCUCUACCGCAACCGCUGCUUCAGGCUCUAUUGUGCUUCCCGAGAAGAAACUGAGACGCUGCUGCUGUCGCUAGUAGAGGCAGCAAGUGCGCUGCCGGAGCAAUGCGGCUUCAAGCCGAAGCAAAUAGCUAAAGGCCCUCGUGCUGCAGUAAGCUAUCCAGUGCCCCCAGCAGGUUUGCUGCUGUCUCUCUGCAUGCUCAUGCUUACGAAGGACAAGACCUCCUGCCACCACUUCCACACCAAGAUCGUGGCAGAGGCAACGGGCCACAACAGCAGAAGGCUUAGAGACAUCUCACUUGGCUCCCUUCUCAUCCUCACCUCUCUUAGAUUCAUUUCGUGGUUUGCUGCUGACCGUCUUUUGGAUCUUGUAGCUGGCCUUACGCGUCGGUUGCUGCUGCGGCUGCCCCUGCCUGCUCCUGCUGCUGGAGCUGCUGCUGCUGCUGGAGCUACUGCUGCUCCUGCUGCUGCUGCUCCUGCUGCUGGGACCGCGAACACCACAGCAGCAGAUUCUCCAGAGAGACCUUCACCAGCAGGCGAAGGAGCAGCGCCGUCGUCAACAGCAGCAGCUACAUCCGCAGCAGCAGCUGCAGCAGCAGCAACCGCAGCAGCAGCAGCAGCGGCAGCAGCAAAGAGUUCUUUCGGACGACUGUCUGCAGAUCUAGAGGGGUGUUUGCUGGUUUACAGAUCUCUUUUGAUAUUUCUUUCUUCAGUUUUAAAACCCAAUUCAAUUAACAAAAACCUGCAGCUGCUGCUCGCGCUGCUGCGGCUGUUCCCAGCAGCAGGGGCGACGGAGCUGCUGCAGCGCAUGGACAAAGCCCAGCUCUUCUUGCAGCAGCAGCAGCAGCAGCAGGGAGAGCAGCAGCCGAAGGCGCAGCACUUGAGGCAGCAGCAAGAGAAAUACCAGCUGCAGAAGGAAGCAGGAGAGCAGCAAGACUACCGGAAACAGCAGCAGCAGCAGCAGCAAGAACAGGAGGAGCAGCAGCAGAUGGGGGAAAACGAGCAUCAGCAGGAGCAGCAAGGGGAUAAUGAACAUCAGCAGCAGCAGCAGGAGGACAACGAGCAGCAGCAGCAGCAGCAGCAGCAGCAGGACAAAGAAUAUCUGCAGCAGCAGCAGGACAAAGAGCAGCAGCACCAGCAGCAGCAAGGCGAAGCCCAGCAGCAGCAGCAGCAACAGCAGCAGCAGCAGCAGCCGAACAGCAUUAAUGGCUCGACCUGUUUCUCAGCAGAUGAAGCUGCUGCUGCUGCUUCACUUGGCAGCGGGCCAGGCCCUGAGGUGUACGUACACCCCAGCGAGCUGCUGCAGCUGCAGCUGCUGGCGCAGCUGCAGCCGCUGCUGUCUCCCUUUUUGCGCUUUUUGUUGUGUCUUCUGGCCAUCUGCAACAAAACCCUCGAGGAGGAGGGACAGGAAGACGACGAAGGUUCUGCGAACGAGCGGCUGAUGGAGCAGCUGGCCGCCACGCUGUCUUCUGUCUCAGUCGAAUUUUCGAAAAACAAUUUGAAGACAAAAGUCAAGCUGCAGCAGCAACAGCAGCAGCAGCAGCAGCAGCUGCAGCAGACAAAAGACAAGGAACUCCACUACCACCAGCUUUUCCAGGCAGCAGCUGCUGCUGAGGAGGCCCCCCGCAUUGAAUACACUGAAACCCUCAACUCUGGCUGCUACUUUUUGCCACUUAUUUGGAAGUCCAUUUUCCUGCUAAGUCCCAAGAGGCUUUGCUGGCGCUAG